ACGGAAGCAACAAGCGUUGGAACGAAAGCGUGGCAAAGCGCCGGCCAAAGACAAGCUGGAAACAAACAAGGACCCGAAGACACCGCCCUCUCCGAAAGGAAGGAAACUACCCAAACUCCCACCUCUACCAAAGGACGACUUCAGAUCGUUAUACGAACGCAUCAGGACCUACCCCUACGCAACAUCAUCCCAUCAACAAUGGCGCCAGCAAUCAUUGAAGUCUGCAACAAUCGAUUUUCUGGGGAACAAUUUCUCCUGCAAAUCAAGCCGGGCUCUGACAUGGCAAUCCUCUCUACUGCGCACCAAGAGGUGGACAUGAAAGCACGGGGACUUCGCCUCCUGACCAUCAACAGUACAGACCACGCCGUGAAAGCAUACUCAGCCAUGCACCGGGGAAGACGGACUGAGAGGGGUGGUGCACGGCAUACCGCGAUACACUCUGUCAUAGACCCUGCUUACCAACAUGCGGGUCCGCACGCAAGGAGUCGAGCUGAUACAGGCCCGCAUGAUCGGCGAUACCCAAAAUGCCACCCUGACGUUCAGCGGGCCCGUACUAAAGAGAACCGUAUACUAUUAUGGAGGAGAACUCUUGUGUCACCCCUUCCGUACCGUAAAAGUCGGCAAGAUCUGCCGCUGCAAAGGGCACUGCACGGACGUUUGCCCAAAUCCUACGCGACGAAUCUUCAAGGUGUGUGGGCUCGAGAACCCAAGCGAAGGACACCCUUGUGAACCGAUCUGUGCCUCGUGCGGGGGACGCUUCCGGAGACAAGAGCUGCACCAAGCGCUUAAAGCAACCGCAACAGCCACGAGCAUCGCGGAUGCCACAUCCGCUGGCCACCAGACAACUAAGAUGGUUCUCCUCUGAACACGAGGAAGAGGACUGCACGGCGGGUCAAAGCCAGAGAAGCAGAAGCACAAGCACGGAGAGAUCCCGCUCCAGAUCCGUGCAGCGCACUGCCGCCUUCACUCCACAACAAGUACGCAGAAACAAAGACCCCGAUCCCGGACUCCGACGAGGAACUACUACCAGCAGGGAUCAAAGACCAAUUCAAAGAAUACACCAGCACAGCUGUAAUAUGGCGCCGCCGCAACAAGCAGCUGCGCUUCAGGAAGCCGACGAGAAGUACAAAGCCGCCCUCCAACGCCUCGUCAUAGGGGAAGGAACCGUCGCGCUCAAGUACGGCUCCAUGUACUUCGCGGUACCAACCGUCAGGGUGAUGUUCGUGUUUACCAAAGACGACGCGCAGUACAGCGCGCUCAGGUGGGCAGUCGAGAAGAUGCACUACGUGUGUAGCCUGAGCACGACCACGGAGGAGGCCGUCGAGAACUUCCUCAACUGCCGUCCGCACCUGGUCUUCAUCGACGCGCGGAGCAAGAACACCAUCGACCCCAUCCUCCUGUGCAGGACGUUGUGCGGCUACAAAUGGAGCCAGUACUCCUGCAUUGUCGCAGUCGUAAAGAAAGGGUUGGCUGAUAGGCAAGAGGCAGCUAUCGUCCCGCUGCUGAGGGCUGGCUACAAAAGGUGGAUGCUGGAGACGUGCUCGACCAUGGUGUGCCUCAACGAGAUCAUCCAGAUUGAGCACAACGACCUCAUGCACUUGUGGAAGCUAAUGACCUCCGAGGCACUGUUUUCUGCGCUGCACUAUGUGCGGGACGGUGUCAUCGUCACCGGGCCUACGCACGAAAUACAGCUGCUUCAGCCGUCUGCAGGCCAUCAGAAUUCCAGAGUCGAGACUGGAGCGGAAGGAAAGCUUACAAUCGCAUUCCCUCACGUGCGUGUGCAGUUUAUGAACCGCGCGGCCGAGAAACUGGUGGGCUACUCGGUGGAGGAGAUGUUGGGCGAGGACGCCCAGGAACUGCACCGCACCGAUUCGCUGAAGGAAGACGUGGCUGCAAACAUCAGCGAUCAGCUGGAGAAAGGGCGUGCCUGGGAGGGCACUCUAUUCAAUCGCCGAAAGAACGGCGAGUGCGUGCCUGUCUGGAGCAAGAUCGCGCCCGUGGACAACAGCGCUGCGCCGGGGAAGCUGGACCACGUGGUGUACAUCAAGGAGAACCCUUUCCUCAUGGAUAAACCGUUUCCUCCCGAGGCCGUGGUUUUCAGCCGGAGACAGUCAUAUGCUAAGUACCACGCAAUGGUAAUCGAAGCCCCUGUCACAAAGGUCAUCAAACUACUGAUGGCGACACAAGAAAACAGUCCACCUUCCGUGGCGCAAGCCCUGGAGGGUGUCAUGGACAUCCUGCACUCUACCGACCUAUACAACCCGCAGCUGGCCGCCGGGCAGGAAAAAACCGAGGACCAGAUGACCACCGACCUUGUCGCGGGACUCACUGGAGACGAGCCGAGCGCCCAUCGUUCGCGUAACCGGGCCAAGUCCUUAUGUGCGUGGCGUGCCACCCGGGCGUCGGCGGACGCAGUGAACGUGGUGAAGGCGUCCGCAGCCCACGCGGGGACGAGCGUGUCGUUGCCCAGUCUGGUCGCGGCGCCGACCAGGAUCAAGGACCUGCUGGAUGGAGACGUCAAGUGGGAGUUCGACGUCCUCGAGCUGGAAGCCCUUACGGGACGCAGGCCACUCAUCUGGCUGGGCUUGUCCCUGUUCGCCAAGAUGAACGUACCCACCAGUAUCGAAUGCGACGACGCCACCAUCCGGAACUGGUUGCAGCUCAUUGAGUCGCACUACCAGGACAACCCGUACCACAACUCCACGCACGCAGCCGACGUGAUGCAAGCUACGGCGUACUUCCUGCUCAGGCUUCGAAAGAAGGACAUAUUCGACCCGCUGGACGAGGCCAUCUGCCUCAUUUCGGCUGUGUUUCACGACGUCGACCAUCCCGGAAAGUCGAGCCCAUUUCUCUGCAACUCGGACCACGAGUUGGCCAUACUAUACAACGACCGGUCGGUGCUCGAGAGUCACCACGCAGCAUAUGCGUUCAAGCUGACGCUGUCGGACGAGAAGGUAAACAUCUUCCAGAACAUGGACCGCGACGUCUACCGCACGGCUCGCACGUCCAUCAUCGACAUGGUGCUCGCCACUGAGAUGACCAAGCACUUCGAGCAUUUGUCCAAGUUUCUCAACUGCUUCCAGAAGCCUCUUCAGGAAACUGAAAUGAACGAGCAAGAGGCAAUGCAAGAACGCGGCGAGGCCUUGUCGCUCCGCUCGCCGGACAGCCUCCAGCUGAUCAAGCGCAUGCUCAUCAAGUGCGCCGACGUGUCCAACCCGGCGAGGCCUACCGAGUUCUGCAUCCAGUGGGCGCACCGCAUCGCCGAGGAAUACUGCGGACAGACGGACGAAGAGAAGCGGCGUGGCCUGCCCGUGGCGAUGCCGGCCUUUGACCGCGCCAUGUGCAACGUUGCCGGAUCGCAGACGGGCUUCAUCAACUACUUCGUGCGCGACAUGUUCAAGGCAUGGUCAGACUUCGGCGAUUUCCCCGAGCUGAUGGAGUACAUCGAUAAGAACUUCAUAUACUGGAAGGACAAGGAGCCGCCGUCGACUCAGCAGGGUAGCCGCUGAGUUCGCGUGGUUGGUUGAUGGUGCGAAAGGCGGCCUCCCAGUCACCAACGAAACGCACAAGUGCAGCGGAAGUUGUGGCCUUUUUCCAUCAUCGGAGAGCCUGCUGGACUCGCGUAGGCCCAGCGCCGUCUUGGGCCCACGCUCGUCUUACGCGCGUUUGUGCGUCGUUGCGCAAAGACGGAAGACAUGCGCACGGAAUACCGAAGAUGGACCGCAGCAGUUGGCGCAGCUAGACGAGAGCAUCACCGAAGUCGGUAGUCCAGCACGCGCCUGAGUGAAGUAACGGUGACAAUGACAGGGCAUUGGGCAUACUCUUGGCACCGUUGACUGCGCAGCUUUCGAAGAACAUGUCGGGCAGUGUUAACUUCGCUCGUUUUCAUCGUUGCGCAAACAUUGUCACCAUCUCGCUCAAGAAGUGAGAACGGGAACCAAAGACGAAGUAAAACAAAAACAAAAAAGAAAAUAUUGCGUGUGUUAAUAUGAACUGAAUAUGUAUCUUGAUCAGGGCAGCUUAGUUAAUUCGUCAAUGUCGCUACUUACCUCUGGCUGCAUGUGCGAGUGGUAUAGAGUAAGCACGGCAGGUAUAGAGCCGAUCAUGUUAUCGCUUUAACGCUAUUCAGCCUGACACCCCUGAGGGAAGGUCGCACCGCUCUACAUUUUGAACGUGGCAGAACCAUUCAUGCGAUUGAACUGCAUAUACUUAUGGUGGAGUUAUAUUAGAGCGAGCGUUCUCACAGGCUUGCAUUGCGUUGCUUCGCGCUUUCUCCCGCGCUGCGCGACGCUCUUGCUCCUUGUGCUCCUCAGGAGCCAUAUACAGGAACUCGGAUAAUGGGAUGAAUUUGGCGGCGUGAGGUACUUACAACCACGCUUUAAAGCAGGAUUGACAGCGGCACCGAGCCGAACACAGUGGCCCUUGCCCAUCCGUUCCACGUCCUUUACGGAGGCCUAGACCACGACGAGGUCGAUAAAGUCGAACGAGGCCGUUUAUAACGAAUAUGCUUGUGUUAAAAAGGAGUUCGGUAUAUCAGGUAACAUCGUGUACCCAAACUCGGCUAUAGCGUGUUUUUGUAGUGCGUUGGUUAGAUACGGAUCUGUUAAUUUUAAUUUACGAAUUUGUUAAUGUUACUUUCUUGAAAAUAAAACCAUGCGCCGUACGAACCUCGCGCGUCAAGUUUUUGUACAGAGACUUUGUUUCCGGGUACCUUCAUAAAGGUGAGCCAAGGGGCCCCUUCCCCAUUUCAAUUAAAACAAUUUCCUUUCUGCUU